CGAGCAUUCAUCAUACAAGCCCUAGUUACAUUCUAAGUGUACUCAUUAAACUAAUUUGCUUAAUUAGACUACUAAAUAUUAUAUGGCAAUUAAGCUUGCACUUCUAGUCACAGUCUUUGUAGCCUUAUGGGCUGUUUCAAAAGGAAGAUCUCUUACAUUCUCGACGAACCUACUUGAUCGUUAUAGUUUUCCUCCUGAUUUUAUUUUUGGUGUUGCUUCUUCAGCUUAUCAGUAUGAAGGUGCAAUCGAAAAAGGAGGGAGGACGCAGAGCAUUUGGGACAACUUCACACAUGCAUAUCCAGGAUGACAUUAAAUUGAUCAAGGAACUGAAUAUGGAUACUUUCAGAUUCUCCAUCUCCUGGUCAAGAAUAUUACCAAGUGGAAAGCUAAGUGAUGGGGUAAACAGUGAAGGAAUUAACUUCUACAAAAAUCUCAUUGAUGAACUUAUCGAGAAUGGCAUAAAACCUUUUGUAACUAUCUACCAUUGGGAUAUCCCUCAAGUAUUAGACGAUGAGUAUGGUGGCUUCUUAAGCCCUCGGAUCAUUGAUGAUUUCCGGAACUACGCUAGAUUGUGCUUCGAAGAAUUUGGUGACAAGGUCAAUAUGUGGACAACGUUCAACGAACCAUAUGUUUAUAGCGUUGCGGGUUACGACAGUGGAAAUAAAGCAAUGGGACGAUGCUCGAAAUGGGUAAACAGCCUAUGUGUGGCUGGUGAUUCGAGCACAGAACCUUACUUAGUCUCUCAUCAUCUUCUUCUAGCUCAUGCUGCAGCUGUUGAAGAGUUUAGAAAUUGUGACAAGAUCUCACAAGAUGGUAAGAUAGGCAUAGUGUUAUCACCUUUGUGGGUCGAGCCUUAUGAUGUCGCCUCCCAUGCUGAUAAAGAAGCAGUUGAACGAGCUCUUGCCUCCUAUGUUGGUUGGCAUCUCGAUCCUCUAGUCUUUGGAGACUAUCCGGAAACGAUGAAGAAAAACGCUGGAAAUAGGUUGCCUUCUUUUACCAAAGAACAAUCAGAGUUAAUCAAAAACUCAUUUGAUUUUAUUGGAAUAAACUACUACACUGCUAGAUUCGUUGCUCACAAGCUUCAUCAUGACCCUACACGACUUCGUUUCACGACGGAUCAACAUCUCGAAUACAAAGUGACAAAUUGUAGCGGCGAUUACAUCUCUUCGGAAUCGGAUGCAACAAAAACUCUCUACUCAUAUCCUGAAGGCAUACGAAAGAUUCUGAAUUAUAUUAAAAAUAAAUAUAACAACCCAACGAUUUACAUAGCAGAAAAUGGAAUUGAUGAGUACGACGUUGAGUCAAUUCCACGUGAGCAAAUUUUAAAGGACACAAAGAGAAUAGACUACCAUGAUAAACAUCUCCAAGAACUCCACAAAGCAAUCACUGUGGAUGGGUGUGACGUGAGGGGAUAUUUCGCAUGGUCGUUGUUGGAUAAUUUUGAAUGGGAACAUGGCUACAAGAUGAGGUUUGGUCUGUACUACGUUGAUUAUGCCGAUGAUCUAAGACGAUAUGCUAAAGAUUCAGCCAAAUGGUUCAAAAAGUUCCUCGAGAGAUCGGAGCAACUGACACCAUUGGAUCCGUUUAAGAGUAUCAAGAAAUGGUGGUCUGCGCUACAGAUGAUCUGAGUUCUUUGGAAAAUCAGAAUAUGCAUCUCAAUCUUUUGUUCUAUUGUAGAUAGCAAAAUAUGACAUAUACAUAUAUACGAUAAUGUUUUCCUUACAAGAUUAAAUUGUAAUUUUGGUAGAUCUUCACAAUCUUCACUGUCCAGAUUCUCCAAAUAUCAUAAAUAUUAUUAUUAAGAUUCCCCAAAUAUCAUAAAUAUUAUUAUUAAUUUAAUA